AUGACGACGGCCGUUGAUGUCAUCGGCAUCGAGCACUUUUCAUCGGCAUCCGCCUCUUUUAUCGACCCCCGGUUGAAUAUCGCAAACAUUGGCAUCAUGGCCACUCCAAAUAACCCGAAAAACGAGCCCACGUGCAACGAACAGUCUCAAAAGAAACAAACAUACUCUGAGUGGACGAAAGAAAUAUACAAUGACCAAUAUGAGAAAUGGAUGCCAUGGGUAGAGGAUCAAUACCUCAAAUGGUUCGGAAAGGGCGACAACAAAUCUUCCUACGCAACAAAAGUUGGGCAAUUCGGUUCAAAGGAGGGGAUCAACCGAGCCGAGAGGAACGGCAAAGAUAAAUCAGGGUCUAAAGCAGGACCCGCUGCAAGUUACCUUGAUGCUGGCAAGGAGAGAGCUAGCAAUGUGGGAUCAGGUUUGGCCAAAGGCGCUGAGUCUGCUCAGAAUGUUGCCGCGGGAAGUCUAAACAGUGUCAAGGGCUUUUUGCCAGGAGGUAAAUGA